AUGAAAGGCUCCGACUGGUACUAUGGGAGCAACGGCAACGCCCUCACCGUCGCCCUGGCCGACUCCGCCUGCCCCGAGACCGUGGGCGCUGAGGCCAUGCAAGCGUUCACACAGAAGGCGAUGGAGACCAUCCUGGCGCAGCUUCCUGCAGCGCUCAGCGCGGCCACGGUGCCGCUCAUGGAGAAGUAUGAGGAGCGUUUCAACCAGCAGCUGCGACGCGCCGACGGGGAGAUCCAUGCACAGCGCGCUCGCUCGGACCUGCUCGACAACACCGUGGCGGGCCUCGCCCAUCGUCUAUCGCAUUUGGAGCAGGAGCUCGACCUUGCAAAGGCGAAGCCGCGUCCCCCCAUUGUGCCGAACCCAGAGCGGGACAGGGACGUGGACCACACUAUCCUCACGGUGCGCGCCUCUUCUGCUGUGGCCAAGAAUGCUGUGGCUGCGGCGUUGUCUCCAUGGCUCACCGAGGCAAACGUCCCUCUCGGUGAUGGUGUGGAGCUUCACGGAGAUGAUGCGGCAAAAUCUGUUACUCUCGCGUUUCAAGGCCCCAUGGAAGCAACCCGUGCAUCGAGGCGGAGUCAGGCCCAGCAACAACUCCGUCUCUCAGACGGGUCCUGGCGCGCAUUCCGCGUCGACGUGGGCGUUGAGGCAGUGCCGCUCCACAUCUCCGCGGACAAGAACAAAAAGAUGGUUGCCACAGAGAUUGCAUGCAAGAAGUUACAACGAUGUCUCGCUGACCGUGGCAUCCGCACACUCCUUGACAAGGACAAUGGCCAACGUCUGGCCAAAUGGGAGCCCUUGGUGCGAGUGCUCCCCUUGCCUGCGAGCAGAACCCCCAAGGUGGAAUGGAAUCUCUCUGCACUCGCAGACACCAGCCUGUCCAAGGAGGAGGCCAAUGAGCUUGCUCGCCAGGUCUUCGACACGCGUGAGGUACGGUGGAGUGGGUAA